AUGCCAAAGAAACAAAGACCUUAUCCUUUGAUUCAUGCUCCUAUUGCAGCGCCAUAUCCUCCUGUUCGUCAAGCAUGUCGAACGCAAUUGCAACAAAGUCAAAGUAAUGUGCCUAGAUCUCAUGCACCUUCUGCUCAGCAUCAGACACAUUCUCCUUCUCUGACUUCACAACAAUCCAUUGCGCAACAACAAGCAUAUCUUUGGACAAACACAGUCCCAUCAAGCGUUCCAAUGACGAGAGAGUUGAGAGGUAUUCCACCUCCUUGGCCAAAUUACUUGCAACAUACAGUUCCUCAACGUCAAAGAAAAGACUUGGAAGAGCUGGAUCUCAAUAACGCAUAUCGUCAAGGCUCCCCGGUGGAACAAGAAGAAAGACAUGCAAACAUGCAUUCAUCCUCGCCAAGAUCAUCAAUGGAACCCCUUCUGACCGAAAGUGAAAAGCCUGGUGCUGUUUUACGAAAAGGCAGAUGGAGUCGGGCUGAAGAUGAACGAUUGAUGGCAAGUAUCGAGCUGUAUGGUCCCAACAAAUGGAAAGCGGUUGCUUCUGAUGUUGGAACAAGAACGGGAGAUCAAUGCUGGAAACGAUGGAAUGACUCCCUCGACCCUACGCUGAAGCAUGAUCCUUGGACGGAAAAAGAGGAUGAAAGCUUAUUGAAAGCUGUUCGCGAAUUAGGAAGGGCAUGGUCAAGAAUUGCAACUGAACGCUUGAACGGACGUUCAGGAUUAUCUUGCAAGAAUCGAAUCGAUCACCUGAACAGAAGACAUCGUCGUGUGAUGAACUUCAAUAGCGGUCAUAUCUUGCACAAAUUGAAUGUAGCAAUGAACCGCGGAGGAUGUGUACCAAAUGUGACACUUAUGCAAAAGAAGGAUUCCUUGCAAGAGCAACCAGCCGAAAUCCUCGUACACACAGCAAUGACACCUUUUGACCCAGCGCAAGCAGCUGCCAAUCAACCGGCCGCCCAUGAAGCUCGUGCCGAACAAGAAGCAGCCAAUGCCAUGUACAACAAUCUGCGUUAUGAUCCGAUGAUGCCAUUCUCAUUGACGCAUAACCGUGACAAUGUACAGGCAAACUUGGAAACAUCAGCUGCUAUGGCUGCCGCUGCAGCUAAUGGUAGUACAAUGGAUUCCGCCUUUUCUUUGGAAGACAACGUAAACGGUUCAAUUCAACCGGGAGGUAACUUUGAUUCACAUCCAACUGCAAACGCUGCUCUUACUGUUCCUGCGUAUGCAAACUCAAACACAAAUGCUAAGCUUUCAUAUCCACGAGCAUCAGUGAUGACGUUCAAUCCGCACACUGUCAAUUUUGAUGAAGGCUAUCGCAGAAUGGUUCAGCAGGCUCAACAGGCUUACCGUGGAAGAUAUCCUACCGUUCGUCCCCUUUUGCCGCCUUCUGAAAAUGUGAAGGAUGGUCAAUGGACUAACGCAGGUCAAAGCAGUGGCGAUCACAGUUCCAAUUCCAUGCACUCGACUCCGAUCGAAGCGACUGCUGUUCCAAGUAGUAACACAGUUGUCACGAGCAUGGCACAGCAAUCACCCGUGCAGACAAAUAUCAAUAUCGGAAAUGGCCGAAUGACUGAGUUUCAUGAUCCAAUGAACCCUUCUGUCAGUCAUGCUUUGUUGAAUCGCCCGAUUGACGCAAACACAUAUGUGUAUAAUGGUAUGGCGCAUAUUGCUCGCCCACCACUUUAUCCAAAUGUGCAGUUGAACGGUGGAAAUGCUGUCCAAUACGCUUCAUCGUCAUAUCCUUCAAGUCAACAAUCCAAUAUCUCUAUGAUGUCCUCUCCGGUAUCCGAGAUGAGUCAAGCGGGUUGGAAUGUUCCGCGGGACAUGAAUCGUGGUGCACGUAAUCCUUUGGAUAUCGCUGCUUUGACUUCGCCAACCAAUGUUGAGCCAAUGGGUGCUACUUCAUCACGACGUCCAACGAACUUCAUCGAUAAGAAUCGUUUAGAUGCUUCUUACUAUGCUACUGCUCAUCAUGCAGCCAGUAUUGCGCAUCUUAUCUCACCAGAGAUUCCUGCAUCGGUGGACAAUCAAAUGUCAGCAAAAGAGGGAGAAGAUGUUGAAUCUGGCGGUCAUAGUUCAACGUCGUUCUCGAUGGAUUCACAACAAAAUCGACGUGAUGGACAAUCUGAUCAAAGUUCGGUCAUCCAUCAAAACGUUCAUAUUCACGGUUAUGAUGAUAGCGAAUUCGUUCAUCAAGAGAAAAACGUGGAUGCUGAUGGCGAGCUCGAUAGAGAACUUGCUUUGGAAAGCGGCCAUCCAAGCGGCCAAGGUAACAGCUCUGCUUGA